UUUAGCUCCUAGUCCCCGGCGCGGGUGCCCCUGCUCGACCUCCCCGUCCGCGGCGCUGUUGCCGCCGCCGCCGCCAGCGGCAUGGGCGGCAAGCAGAGCACGGCGGGCGCAACGGCCACGGGGCGCUCCCGGGGCGGGCCCUUGGCCGGCGUGUCGAGCGACGACAGCGCGGUGCCGCCGCCCGGGGGAGCCCCCCACUUCGGGCACUACCGGGGCGCGGGCGGCGGCGGAGGGCCCGCCAUGGGCUUGCGCAGCCGCUCCGUCAGCUCCGUGGCCGGCGUGGGCGUAGGGCUGGGCAUGGAGCCCGCCGCGGCCGGCAGCGUCCCCUUCGGCCUCUACACGGCGGCGGCUGCAGCGGGGGCCACGACGACGACAGCCGCGGCGGGAGCAGACUCGGAGCGGGGUCCCGGCGGCGGGUCGGGCGCGGACUCUACCCCUUACGCCCAUGGCAACGGUUUCCAGGAGACGGGAGGCGGUCACCACAGAGACGGGAUGCUCUACCUGGGGUCCAGGGCCUCGCUGGCUGAUGCGCUGCCUCUGCACAUCGGACCCCGGUGGUUCAGCUCGCACAGCGGUUUCAAGUGCCCCAUUUGUUCCAAAUCCGUGGCUUCCGACGAAAUGGAAAUGCACUUUAUCAUGUGUCUGAGCAAGCCCCGCCUCUCCUACAAUGAUGAUGUCCUAACAAAGGAUGCAGGCGAGUGUGUCAUCUGCCUGGAGGAACUCCUGCAGGGGGACACGAUAGCCCGGCUGCCCUGCCUGUGCAUUUACCAUAAAAGUUGUAUAGAUUCCUGGUUUGAAGUGAACAGAUCCUGCCCAGAACACCCUUCGGAUUGACCCUGGCAACGCUUGCUGACCUCUCCCAAGGUCGUCCCGCCAUCCAUCCCCACCCCACCCAACCUCCUCUGAGCAGGCUCUGGACCGCACUGGGAUGACAGUGGGGCGAGGGGCUUGUGUUAACUUCUCAACUUAAAAGGGCAGACAAGAACCCACCCCAAGAGAAGCUGCUGCCCUUGCAGGGCUACACCUCGGCAGCCGCCAGCCUGGGUCGAGAGGAGUGCCCGGUGCCAGAGCCGGCGGCCGUCGCCCAGUGGCGCCAUGAUGUUUGGGCCAGACCUGGUUGCUAGCCAAACGGAGCAUGAGAGAGUCACCCACCAUUUGACAAGGACUCGGCCCUUCCUGCCAUACGCGGGUCACACUUUUGCACUGAAAAGGUGAUUUCCCAGCCCCCCUCCCCUUCUCCUUUUCACCUCCACCCCUUGGAAAAGGAAGAGGAAACAACAGACCCCCCCCCCACGCCUGCCCCCUACCCUCAUCCUGCGGAGGAAAGGGCAUUUUCUGUCACGUUUUUGAAGGCGUCGUAGGUUUGUCUUUCAAGUGUUUACAAAACAGCCAUUUCGUGUCAACUGAUGUGUGUUCCUGGUGAUGUUUACAAGACUGCGUCCUCUUGGCCUCCUGGCUCGAGCCACUCCGGCAGUUGAGGAGCCAAAUUUCCCGAGACCCUUCUCUUCUCCCUCCUGCCUCACCUAGGGACACCCCCCACCUUCAUUGCCAAAAGUCCCCUGGUUUCCCCUUCCUCCCUUCCCUCCCUCCUCUCAGUAAGUCUUGGUUUGAACUCCUGACUCUGGGGCACCUUCAGGGGCAUAUUCUGAAGGGCUGUUUGCCACUCACAAGUGUCCUGCUAAGAUGCCUGAACCUUUCUCAGCCCUGUGUGGAAAACAAAAAACAACCGAUUUUUAUUAAAACACACACACACACACAAAUGCGCGCACACAGACACACACACACACUCCUCCCUGAUCCACAUUUGAGCACGAAGCGGAGACCGCCUCAGCCAUGGGAAAAAAAGCCCCUGCCCCGGUGACCUCCAUCCAAGCAGGAAAAGGUAUCUGUAUUUAUAUAGUAAAAAAUUUAAAAAAAUAAAAAAAUAAAAAAAAUAUUCAAAGCUUGGGAAGGGAAGCUUCCCCUAUUAGUCAAGGUGUUUUGAUAUGGUAUUAAAUAAUGUUCAAUAAAAUAGUCACUGUUAUUUUA